AUGUGGAGUGUGCAUGAUAGGUUGUUAGGGGGGGGGGGGGGGGGGGGGGGGGGGGGGGGGGGGGGGGGGGGGGGGGGGGGGGGGGGGGGGGGGGGGGGGGGGGGGGGGGGGGGGGGGGGGGUGGGGGGGGGGGGGGGGGGGGGGGGGGGGGGGGGGGGGGGGGGGGGGGGGGGGGGGGGGGGGGGGGGGGGGGGGGGGGGGGGGGGGGGGGGGGGGGGGGGGGGGGGGGGGUGGGGGGGGGGGGGGGGGGGGGGGGGGGGGGGGGGGGGGGGGGGGGGGGGGGGGGGGGGGGGGGGGGGGGGGGGGGGGGGGGGGGGGGGGGGGGGGGGGGGGGGGGGGGGGGGGGGGGGGGGGGGGGGGGGGGGGGGGGGGGGGGGGGGGGGGGGGGGGGGGGGGGGGGGGGGGGGGGGGGGGGGGGGGGGGGGGGGGGGGGGGGGGGGGGGGGGGGGGGGGGGGGGGGGGGGGGGGGGGGGGGGGGGGGGGGGGGGGGGGGGGGGGGGGGGGGGGGGGGGGGGGGGGGGGGGGGGGGGGGGGGGGGGGGGGGGGGGGGGGGGGGGGGGGGGGGGGGGGGGGGGGGGGGGGGGGGGGGGGGGGGGGGGGGGGGGGGGGGGGGGGGGGGGGGGGGGGGGGGGGGGGGGGGGGGGGGGGGGGGGGGGGGGGGGGGGGGGGGGGGGGGGGGGGGGGGGGGGGGGGGGGGGGGGGGGGGGGGGGGGGGGGGGGGGGGGGGGGGGGGGGGGGGGGGGGGGGGGGGGGGGGGGGGGGGGGGGGGGGGGGGGGGGGGGGGGGGGGGGGGGGGGGGGGGGGGGGGGGGGGGGGGGGGGGGGGGGGGGGGGGGGGGGGGGGGGGGGGGGGGGGGGGGGGGGGGGGGGGGGGGGGGGGGGGGGGGGGGGGGGGGGGGGGGGGGGGGGGGGGGGGGGGGGGGGGGGGGGGGGGGGGGGGGGGGGGGGGGGGGGGGGGGGGGGGGGGGGGGGGGGGGGGGGGGGGGGGGGGGGGGGGGGGGGGGGGGGGGGGGGGGGGGGGGGGGGGGGGGGGGGGGGGGGGGGGGGGGGGGGGGGGGGGGGGGGGGGGGGGGGGGGGGGGGGGGGGGGGGGGGGGGGGGGGGGGGGGGGGGGGGGGGGGGGGGGGGGGGGGGGGGGGGGGGGGGGGGGGGGGGGGGGGGGGGGGGGGGGGGGGGGGGGGGGGGGGGGGGGGGGGGGGGGGGGGGGGGGGGGGGGGGGGGGGGGGGGGGGGGGGGGGGGGGGGGGGGGGGGGGGGGGGGGGGGGGGGGGGGGGGGGGGGGGGGGGGGGGGGGGGGGGGGGGGGGGGGGGGGGGGGGGGGGGGGGGGGGGGGGGGGGGGGGGGGGGGGGGGGGGGGGGGGGGGGGGGGGGGGGGGGGGGGGGGGGGGGGGGGGGGGGGGGGGGGGGGGGGGGGGGGGGGGGGGGGGGGGGGGGGGGGGGGGGGGGGGGGGGGGGGGGGGGGGGGGGGGGGGGGGGGGGGGGGGGGGGGGGGGGGGGGGGGGGGGGGGGGGGGGGGGGGGGGGGGGGGGGGGGGGGGGGGGGGGGGGGGGGGGGGGGGGGGGGGGGGGGGGGGGGGGGGGGGGGGGGGGGGGGGGGGGGGGGGGGGGGGGGGGGGGGGGGGGGGGGGGGGGGGGGGGGGGGGGGGGGGGGGGGGGGGGGGGGGGGGGGGGGGGGGGGGGGGGGGGGGGGGGGGGGGGGGGGGGGGGGGGGGGGGGGGGGGGGGGGGGGGGGGGGGGGGGGGGGGGGGGGGGGGGGGGGGGGGGGGGGGGGGGGGGGGGGGGGGGGGGGGGGGGGGGGGGGGGGGGGGGGGGGGGGGGGGGGGGGGGGGGGGGGGGGGGGGGGGGGGGGGGGGGGGGGGGGGGGGGGGGGGGGGGGGGGGGGGGGGGGGGGGGGGGGGGGGGGGGGGGGGGGGGGGGGGGGGGGGGGGGGGGGGGGGGGGGGGGGGGGGGGGGGGGGGGGGGGGGGGGGGGGGGGGGGGGGGGGGGGGGGGGGGGGGGGGGGGGGGGGGGGGGGGGGGGGGGGGGGGGGGGGGGGGGGGGGGGGGGGGGGGGGGGGGGGGGGGGGGGGGGGGGGGGGGGGGGGGGGGGGGGGGGGGGGGGGGGGGGGGGGGGGGGGGGGGGGGGGGGGGGGGGGGGGGGGGGGGGGGGGGGGGGGGGGGGGGGGGGGGGGGGGGGGGGGGGGGGGGGGGGGGGGGGGGGGGGGGGGGGGGGGGGGGGGGGGGGGGGGGGGGGGGGGGGGGGGGGGGGGGGGGGGGGGGGGGGGGGGGGGGGGGGGGGGGGGGGGGGGGGGGGGGGGGGGGGGGGGGGGGGGGGGGGGGGGGGGGGGGGGGGGGGGGGGGGGGGGGGGGGGGGGGGGGGGGGGGGGGGGGGGGGGGGGGGGGGGGGGGGGGGGGGGGGGGGGGGGGGGGGGGGGGGGGGGGGGGGGGGGGGGGGGGGGGGGGGGGGGGGGGGGGGGGGGGGGGGGGGGGGGGGGGGGGGGGGGGGGGGGGGGGGGGGGGGGGGGGGGGGGGGGGGGGGGGGGGGGGGGGGGGGGGGGGGGGGGGGGGGGGGGGGGGGGGGGGGGGGGGGGGGGGGGGGGGGGGGGGGGGGGGGGGGGGGGGGGGGGGGGGGGGGGGGGGGGGGUAAUUAG